UCUUCGCCUCCCGCCAGCCGGGUCUCGGGCUUUGCACCCGGCGGCGGCUGAGAACGGUGGCGGCUGCGGAGCCGGCAGCGCAGGCUGGCGGAGCUGAGCUGCCCGGCUCGGUGGCGGGCGAUGCCCCCGUGAGCCUCUCUCGCCGCCCGUCCCCGCCCCGCGCCCCUGCCCCUCGGAGUCCGCCACCCGCCUGGGACUGGGCCGCGCCUACCUCCGGAUCCGCGGGGCGGGUCCCGGGGCAACACCUGCCCCGCCUUGCGGAGCCGCCUCGGCCAGCGGAGACCCCUCCCUGUCUGGACCCCAGGCCCACCUCUGGCGGAGCUGUCUCCUGCACUGGUGUUUUGCUGAGCCGACAGAGGAGCUGUGCUGCUUGGGCUGUGUGUGAGCCGAGGGCAUGGGCUAGAAACCACUGCUCUCCCGUUGGAGACGCUUAUCACACUGCCUCCUUCCGGGAGCUCCCCUGCUUGUCUUCACCUCCUUUCUUCACAACUGGUGUCUCAGAAGUUAACAGAAGGCCCAUGUAAAUGCCCCAGGGGUGUGGUGUUGGGGAGGGGCGCAGCCCCCUGUGAUGGGAGCACCAGGCUCAGAUUCAUCGGUUCUGGAGGAGGACCCUUCCGCAGUCUUCCCAGGCCGGAGCCAGGCUUGUUCUCCUGUUCUCCUUAUUGGCUAUGAAAACAGCAGCCACCCUUUCUGAAUAUUUACCCUGGGCCUGACACUGUCGCAGGCGCUUUCACCCGCCCUGCUUUAAUCCUUGCAACCAUCCCAUGAGGGCUGCCUGAGGCCCCGCCUCCCCGUGGACCAUGUUCAGCGCGGAGCCGGGUCCGGCCUCGGCGGCGGCAGCCUCCAGGAGCGUGGUGCGGAGCUCCAGCAUCAGCGGCGAGAUCGGCGGCGGCCCGCAGGCUGGGGACGGGACCCGGACGUCCACCGCCAAGAAGCGGCGCAGCAGCCUCGGGGCCAAGAUGGUGGCCAUCGUGGGCCUGACCCAGUGGAGCAAGAGCUCGCUUCAGCUGCCCCAGGCCGGGGUCUCAGAAGGGGCCACCAAGAAGCUGCGCAGCAACAUCCGGCGGAGCACGGAGACGGGCGUUGCCGUGGAGAUGCGGAGUCGCGUCCCUCGCCAGGGCAGCCGAGAGUCCACUGACGGGAGCACCAACAGCAACAGCUCCGAUGGCACGUUCAUCUUCCCCACCCCUCGGCUCGGGGCAGAAAGCCAGUUCAGCGAUUUCCUGGAUGGGCUGGGACCCGCUCAGAUUGUGGGGCGACAGACGCUGGCAACGCCGCCAAUGGGGGAUGUGCACGUGGCCAUCAUGGACCGGAGCGGCCAGCUGGAGGUGGAAGUGAUUGAGGCUCGGGGUCUGACCCCCAAACCAGGCUCCAAAUCCCUCCCAGCCACUUACGUCAAGGUUUACCUGCUUGAGAAUGGAGCCUGCUUGGCCAAGAAGAAGACAAAGGCGGCCAAGAAGACCUGUGACCCUCUGUACCAGCAGACUCUGCUCUUUGACGAGGGGCCCCAGGGCAAGGUGCUGCAGGUGAUCGUCUGGGGAGACUACGGCCGCAUGGACCACAAGUGCUUCAUGGGCAUGGCCCAGAUCAUGCUGGACGAGCUGGACCUGAGCGCCACGGUCACCGGCUGGUACAAACUCUUCCCCACGUCCUCGGUGGCAGACUCUACGCUCGGCUCCCUGACCAGGCGCUUGUCCCAGUCCUCUCUGGAGAGUGCCACCAGCCCCUCUUGCUCCUAAGGACCUCAGGAGGGAGCCAGGACGCGCGUGAGAAGGGGUGUUGCCGCCCCCCCACCUCCUUCCCUGUAAAUAGUCUUCAGGUCUUUCUAGACCCCCUGCCCUGCUGCAUGCCUGUGGGCUAGUGGGCCUGUCCAGCGGGCAGUGUGUGUGUGUGUGUGUGUCUGUGUGACCACGUUAGAUCCGUUCAUCUGUCUGAGUGCAGCAGUCUUGGUGACGACAUGGGCCGACAUCUGUGUCUCCGUGUCUCGUUGCAAAGAUCCCUGAAGGAGUGCUGUGUGACUGUGACUCCCCACCGCACGCCUGAGUCCAGGGGUGGAAGUGGGGGAUGGAGCUGCUGGUCCACCCUGCCUGGUCCAGGCUCAGGGCAGUGCCUGUGUGUCCCCCCGUGCCUGUCCUUGGUGGCCCCUGCUUAGUUUUCUGUCUCGGCCUCUGUUCCACCUCCGCCUCUCCCGGCACUGCUGCUCUCGGAGGAAUGUAGCAUCACCGCAGCUGGCCACCCUGGACCUCCAGGAACCGACACCCUUCCUCUCCACCCAAGGACCUGGCUGCUCUUUCCCCCGAAUGCACGGCAGCAUCUCACCUGGUGCCCUGGCUGGGGCCCAGGGAGCAGAAGAUGCUGGGAUGGCCUUCUCCCUGGGGCUGGUACCACCUCCUUCCUGCAAGGGAGAUCCGAGGAGGUGUCAGAUCCCAGGGUUGCUGGCCAGGCAUCUUGGAGGGAGGAGCCAGCCCCUCGCUCCGCAUUGCCCUUCGCCUCCUCUCGCCCUCCAAGCCUCCGGCCUGCCAAAGGAUCUCCCUCCGUGGACCCAGGAGGGCUGGACUGGGGGGUUCUUGACAAGCAAGAGGUUGGCCCCGCGGGGAUGUCAUCUGCCAAAGCAGGCAGCCCCUGGAGGCACCCGUGUCCUUCCCAGGCCCUGUUGGAGCCUGGCUCGUUGAGAAGGUGCCGAGGGUGGGGCUGACCUGCUCUGAGAAUCCUGACUGCCCUUUGGGGAUUAGCUGCAUGAAGCUCACCUUUGCGGGCUCUGUUUUUCGUGUGUGUUUUUUUUUUUUUUUGGCUCAUUUCCAGACCAGGUUCCCUGUCUGGGAGCUCAGACUCGCUUGGGCUCCAGCCUCCCGGCUCCAUGGACAGCCUGGCUCUGAACUCUAGACCGCCACCAUCACCAGCUCUGCACAAGCAAUACUCCACCUCCCAAGCCCCCCAGCCUCUUGCGCUCUGCCACUGCCCUCGGGGGGCGGCCUGCCUGCUCUGGAUGCCGCCCCUGCCUCUCUGCUUUCUUUCCACCCCUGUCUGGUUGGAGCUUCCCCGAGCUACUCAAACCCUGACUGGGUUGGCCAGCUGCUGUCCAGGUGGGCACCAGUGCCUGGACUGGACCUUGUGAGAGAGACAUCUGCUGGGGAUCCUGAGGUCCGGCUCAGGGUCGCCCAGAUCUGCCCCCUUCCUCGUCAGGUCUGGGGUGAAAGGCAAGGGGUUGCCCAGGAGAUGGACACAGCAGCCCCCGGGUCCAUGUCAGGGGGGAAAGAGGUGGCAGGAGAGGUCAAGGUCUGGGGCAGGCUCCCCUCCUCUGCCUUGUCCCCAGACAGCACCCCCAAGAGCUGCAUGGAUUCUAACCCACAUCCAGGGGGUGGAGGGGGGAGCCAAGGAGAGAUGCUUGGGCUCCAUUUGUAACCAAAGCCAGACGGGCAUGGAGGGGGGUUCUGGGGAGGGAGGGGUUGGAGGGACAGGUAUUUCCACCAAGGGGUCUCCGGCAGGGAACACGUUAGACUGAAGCCACGGUCUGGCCACCUCUCUCCCAAGAAACCCAGGGGGAGAAGCCGGGACCCAGCAGUCCUGCCUGCAGACCAGAGGUGGGCCAGGGCAGGCAGUCCUCACAAAAUGAGCUCGUUCUUGUCUUAUCACAGGCGGGGAACCCUGUGCGUGGAGUUUUCUCUUUCUGCAGAAAUUCCCUCCUGGUGUCGGCACUGGCUAAUGUGGCGUGUCUCGUGUUUCUAAAAUUAGCGCCCUGGGCUCUGCCCUUAGUGCCCAGGCCGGGGAGAGGGAGGCAACUCCCUUGCCAGAGAGUCAUUUUAUGUCCUGGUGGUGAUGUUGAAAAGUUGGCCUCAGGACGGAGUGAGACUCCUCGACACCUCCUGCGGGGGGUUACUGGUGACCCAGAGGACAGCGUAGGCGUAUGCUGAUGUGGCCCCAAGCGCUGAUACCCAGAGCAGGUGGUCAGUCCGGGGCAUGGGGGAUGUGAAUGAGGGGCCCAGGGAGACAGCAGGCGGGGACCUCCCUGCAGAGCGGUCGAGGACCUUCUAGCCAGAGGCGGGGCCUGACCUGCUGGUACCCUGGGCUGACCCGCCUGCAACCGCCAGCUGCCAAAACUGCCCGAGGGGGCUCCUCCACCCUUCCAGCUGGCUAAUGGGAAGUUCCCCCAGAAGUUGACCUCGGGUCAUUUUUAACCCUUUGUACCAAAUAAGUUACUAACCCCCACCCGGAUUUUCCUCCACGAGGGUGAAGUCAGAUGGGGCAACGUGUAUGUGGUGGCGAAAGGCUGUGCCUCGGCUUCCUGGAGGCACCAGCUUGGCUGAGCAGCUGGGCUGGAGCUUGCUUGGCCCAGGGGGAGGGAGCACAUGUGUGACCCCCACGCCCUGGAGUUGGGGGCAUCUGUCCUUAGAAGAGGGCAGGGUGGGAAGGGAAGAAACAGGAUCCCCACCCUGCGGCCCACACUGUGCUGUGCUGUGUUGCGGCUCUGCCUGCCCCGGACCCCAGGGGAGCCUGGGGCUGACGACAGAGGGGCUCGGUCACUGCCUUGCUCUGCUCAGGCAGGAUUCGUGGAAGGCGUGGCAGAGAUGGCAGCAGCCCUGCAGCAAUGCUGGGCUGUGGGCAGAAGCCGUGACAGAUGAUUCAGAGCAUCUGUCUUCACGGCUCUGCUCUGUUCAGACUGUCCCACUUCCUUCCUAGACACCGGCCCUCAAGGGACGUCUGUGAGGGGCCGUCGCUGUGAAGGAGGCUCCAGCAAAUGGGGCCCAGUCUUGGUUUGAUGAAGGGGAUGUGAUCCUUCGGGGAAGCACCAUCUCCCAACCUCCUCGGCAUCCAGUCCCCCUGCGCCCCCCCCCGGCACUCGGUGGCGGGGGUGGGGGGAGCUCGCUGGAGCCGAGGGAAAGGGCCCCCUAACUCACCACUCCUGGUUGACCCCCACCAGGGCAAGCAUGCCUGAGCUCUUUACUGCCAGCCUCAAGGAGAGCAGAAGUCCCCUGCCCCUUGUAAAGACAAUUAGAGCCCUCCAAAGGUCCUCCUUUGGAAGUGAAAUGUAGCACAAUCUUAGACUGUGUGACCGGAGCCCUGGCCUGCAACCAGGGUUCUGGCUGCCCACCCUGCUGCCCAGGAGACGCUGUGCUGCCCCCACCCUGGGGCUCCAAAGCGCCUGAUACCUCUGCUUCCCCAUCUUCCUCCGCCCAGAGAGCAGCAGGGCUUCCAGAAGGCUGCUCUUCCGCUUCUGAUUGCUUCCUGCACUGUGCAGCCCCGUGCAAGAAAUUGCUGCCUUUGCUCCACGGUGCCCUUUGGGGCCAGGAGGCGGUCAAGCGGGAGCGCUGCAGUGGCCACAGGAGAGAGACAAGAAGAGGCCUGCUGCCCUGCCGACUCCCGCCCCUUCCUCUGCCUCUCCCCGGUGUUGUCUUCUCUCGUAUCCCGACACCAAAAGAGAUUCUUUAAAACGCUUUCUGGACUGGGUCACCGUUCACUGAUUGAUCCGGGCGGGGCGGGGGGGGGGGGGAGAUGGGCAGCGGACGUGCCCCCUGCCUUCUCCCGCAAGUCGGCUGCUCACUCAGGUCCGAGGAGAGUCGGGGCAAAAUACAGCAAUCACGACGGAAGGCAUGGGCGCCCCCCAGCCCUUCUGUGGCUCGGCCUGGCUGACUGGGAGCAGGGGUGCCCCCCAGCCCUUCUGCAGCUCGGCCUGGCUGAUUGGGAAAGGGUUAUUUUGAGAGAGUGCCUGAGCAUCUCGGAGCGAUGUCAGUGAUGCCAAAGAGAGCAACUUGGCCUCCUCGGGCACCAGCUCUGCCGGCUGAGCCGCACCAGCGCAGCUCUGGGGUUGGCACGCCUGACGGUGGGGCCUUGUUCUCUGACAAAGGGCUUAAUCUUUCCAUGUAGCAAAGCAACUCCCCCCCCCCCCCAACCCUGAGCUCCGGCUUUCGUGAGCCCAGCGAGGCUGUGCCUGUCAGGGACACUUGCAUUCUCGCAGGGCCACCGGAUUGGCUUGGGAAGGAUGCUCGUCAGAAAGCAUGCGUGCUGCUGCUUGGGGGGAACCUCCCCAGGGCCAGGAAGAACAAGAGCCUUGGGCCUCCCAGGGACAGGAAUGGUCCUUGGGAUGGGGUUCCAGAGGCCCUGGCGAGCAGAAAGGGGCCCUGGGAAUUCCAGAGGCAACAGAGCAUCCAACCCAAGGGCCAGUGGCCUGAACGGUGGGCUACAGAGAAUCAAAGGCUGUUAUAUACAGUUUUGCCAGAAACUGUGACCUUAACGCGUUUCCUCAUUUUGCUGGGCCUCAGCUUCCUCCUCUGCAAAACCAGAGCAUUUGGUAGUUACUCCAUGCUUCCCUCCAGGUGUUAAAAGUCUGGUCUGGAGCUGAUGAGGGUUGUGAGCCUGGCGUGCCUGGCACCUGGCUCCAGAGGCUGGUUCCUUCCAGCCCCCGGUGCCCACGCGGGUGCAGGUCUGGUCUGUCCCCGCCUAGAUGCUGCUUCUGACAAGAACUCUGGGAAUCCUCACGGCCUCUGCUGCCGCCUCUGUGGUUUGUUGUUCUGUUCUUGUGUGGUGAUGAGAUCAUUAAGGGUUGUCUACAGUGGACAAGUUCCAAGGUGCUGAUGUGAUGUCACAACCUCAGCUGCAUCCUGCGCCAGCCAGUAUCCCCACUGGCAGAGGAGGAUGGGUCGGUCCUCGUUCCUGCUUCUAGAAUGUGAUCAGCAGGAGGAUUUUUAAGGAGAUGCCUUCCGAUGGGAGGAGAGAGGAAACUUAUUUCCCUGCAAAGUAUUUCACUUCUUAAAUAUUACUCUUCUCUCCAGCAUGUCUCUUACCAGACAUCAUCUCAGAGGGCAGAGCGGCUGCUUCCUUAGCAAAAGUUGGCCUGAUGUACCAUCCGCUCCUUGAGAAUGUAAAUUCACAGGAGGCAGGAACCCCUUUUUUAGAAUUUCCAAAUGCAUCCUGCAGAGAGAGAGAGAGGCGCACACACGCGUGCACUGAGAGGGAGAUAAGCACAUUGUUUGGAUAAGAAGCAGUUAGCCUUUUAUCUCCGUGCGCUAUACAUUUUCUGUGUGCAGCGUCUUUCCAAACUCUCGGCUCCCAGGUGGCAGGUGGACGGCUGGGAAGGACUGCCGGCUGUUUCUUACAACACUCUUGCCAAUCCCCUUGAGGAGAGAAUUCUUCACAUGGCUUCUGCAUGUACAGUAUGUGGGCAGCAAAAAUAUAAAUAAAGAUUAAAGUCAGUUUGAAAA